CCCCGUUUCCAUCCGGAAAACACUGAAAGGCGUGAGAAUAGGACAGCUCUUUCUAGGCAGGCUUGGAUCCCAGGAGCAUCCUCUCUAGUCCCUAUUUUGAGGGGGGUGGGGGUGUGGAGAGAGAGAGAAUAGACGAUUGUUCACGAUGUCUUUUAUUUGACCUUCCCACAUCUCAGCCGGGAAUUCUCUGCCAUGAAACCGUUUUCCUUCUUCUCUCUUCUUGGCACGCAUCCCCUGCCCUGCACCAACCAACGCAACUACUGUAUCGCCGUGGAAAUAAUACAAAGGGGGAAAUGAGCAAGUUUUAACCCCAAAAAAAGAGGGAAGAAAGGAGAGAGCGCUGGAGAGAAGAUAGCACGGCGAAGAAGAAAUCGCUCCGACCUGGCCAUUGACGUUUAGGGGCCCUUGGCUCUGUCCAGUCCCAGUUUCCUUUCUUGCGGCCACCUAGUAACCCGCUUCCUCUUUGCACGUCAGGAUGCCACCUCGGGUCUUCGGCCACACAGCCGGGCGGAGGGUGUUUCCGGCCGGCUGACUUUGAGUGUUGCACCGCGGAGGCGCUGGGCGGGAGUCUCGGUUUUGCAAUCGAGGAGGGGGCGAAGAAAGGCAUUGCAUUUCUUUGGAGGCGCUCGUUAUGCCUGCUAAGAGGGCUCUGAAGUUGGAUAGCUUUAUCAUGGGAAAGGUGCCCGCAACACCACAGGUGAGCAGCAAGAAAAAUCAUCAGUCUUAUUCACCAACAACGGGAACAUGCCUAAUGAGUCCAUUUUCAAGUCCCAGGAGCAAUAAUAUACAAGAGCAGAGAAAUGGCCUAUCAAAAGGAAAGAGAGAUGUACCCAAAGGUUUGGCAAUGAAAUCAUCCAGAAAGGGGCAACCUCAGAUAGAAGAGAGUGACAGACUCUCAGUGUUACAGAGUAAAGUUGAAGAUUCCCUGGAGACCUUCAUGCAAAUCAGACAAAACCUAACCAGUUUACAGUUCCUUAUGAAAGCAGAAGCAUCUAAACAAGCCAAGAGCAGAAAGGCUUUAGAGGGCACCAGAGAGCUUGAGAACAUUAUAGGUGCUUUGGACAACUCUGGUCACUUAAAAAAUGAAGUGAGAAAAACGAAGAAGCUAUUAGAACAAGCCAGAAAGCAGAAGCUACUGAAAAGAAGCAGUGUAAGACAUCCUGCCCAAGGUAUAUCGGGACUAACACUGGACUUAAGCCUAAGGACUUCAGAAUCUCCUGGCAUCAUGUCUGGUUGGUUCUGCAUGUUUGGAGUAACAGGUACAAUGGUUCCCACUCAUACAAGGAAAGAGCCCACAUUUUUCUGCAACAAAUUUGUGUUUAAUGGCCAUGAAGACUGGUCCCCCAUAGAAAGUAUGAAAUGAGAGGACAGCUAAUUCUUAGUCCUGUGCCUUCAACUCAAGGCAAUACUUCCUUCUUCCUCGGCUUGAGUCAUUUAGCAUUUAUAUCGAUAUGAUCUGAAAUCUCUUUAGCUCAGCAGUGUGUUCAUGAUGCCAGACAGGCAGCCACACAUCUUGAUCAAAUAGAUUAAUUCUCCCUUGUGGUUAUGAUUUAGUUUUAAAAGAAAUAGAUUAAAGGACAUUUUAACGAUGAAGACUUCGCUUGCUGAGUGUCAGAUGUGUUGAGUGGUGUUUUCUCAUUCUUUAUUUUUAACACAUUGUGAACAAAUGACCUAUUUUCUAGAU